CCGCCCCUUGUUGCCCCCCUUUGCGCGUGCGCAGUCUUCCCGGCGAGGCUGCGAGGCAGAAGGGACCAUGAGGCUCUCCGUCCUCCUUGCCGCGGCGGAGAAAUUCAAGCCGCACCCCGGCUACCGCUAUGGCAUGAACCGGCCCGGCUCAGUCGCCGACAAGGCCAAGAACCCUCCGUGGGUCUGGCGGAAGAAGAUCCCCAUAGAGCCCAUCAAAGACGAGGACUGGAAGUUCUUCAAGGGCGACACGGUUCAGAUCCUGAAGGGGAAGGACUUGGGAAAGCAGGGAAUGGUCUCCCAGGUGAUCCGAGAGCGGAACUGGGUCGUUCUGGAGGGCCUGAAUGUGCACUACCGAUACACAGGCAAGUCCGGCGCCUACGGUGGGAUGUACAUGGCCAGUGAGGGCCCGCUGCUGAUCAACUGGGUGUCCCUGGUCGACCCCACUGACAGGCUGCCCACUGAGGUGGAAUGGCGCUACACGGAGGAAGGAGAGAGGGUCCGCGUCUCCCUGCGGACCGGCAGGAUCAUCCCGAAGCCCUUGGAGCAGAGAGACGAUGGCAUCAUCCCAGAACAAUGGACAGACUGCCCCAAGGACACUUCGGUGGAGGACGCCUUGAAGAAGACCUACGUCCCUUCCUUGAAGACGUUCCAGGAGGAGCUCAUGGAGCUCAUGGGCAUCGUGGAGACGCGCCGCUACAGAAAGUCCUACUGGUAUUGAGGCCUUUCGUCCCGCGGAUCUGUGCCCCACUGCCUGGACCCCAAAAGACUCUCAGCUUUGGGGGGAGAUUGAGGAGGCUGAGAUGGGGGCUGUUGCCUCCUGAUAAAGGACCCUCUAAACUGCAACCUGUGUCUUUGAGUCUGUGGAGGUGGCCGUUCUCCUCUGGCAAGUCUAUCUAUACCGCCUUUCUUUAUCGCUACCCGCCAUGAGGCGGUUUAUAAGCCAUAGAAGCAAAGGUCACACAUCUACGGAACAAUCUGAUCCAAGGCGGAAAAUGUCACAAUAAAAGAUAGGACUUUGGGAUAAGCAACUUGUAUCAAACGAAGGUAAUAGUCAAGAAUAAAAUAGUACAGUCAUACCUCGGGUUA